UGCAGCAAAGACGAGUUUCUGGUGGAGAUUCUGAGCGUCGCGGGUGGAGAUGUCGCAGCAGCAGGUCAGGAGGCCGUCCGGCAACAAGAACAUCAAGAAGCUGCGAGCCAUCAGCGCGGUGUGCAGCCUGACCAGCAGCUGGCAGCAGUGGGUGGUGGACAACGAGGCCAAGCAGGCCAGCGAGCCCAGUGGCUGGGCGCCACCUUCAAUGGGAGGACCGCAGGACGAGCCCAGGAAGACCCACAAGACCUGGACCCCCAAGAAGCCUCCUCCACAAGCUCCAGAAGCCCCCAGAGAGGCUCCAACACCGGCUCCUCAGGAUGCUUCCAUGACCGAGCAGGUUAAACCCGAGCCUCCGUCUCGCAUCAGGACCAAGCAGGUGGUGAAGACGGUGACCAGCGGCGUCCAGGAGAAGAGCGCCGGCGUCGGGCUCCUCACCGAGAAGAUCCAGAAGGAACAUCUGCCAUCUGGAGAGGAGAUCGACCAGCUACUGAAGAAGAAGAGUUCUCCAACACGGAGAAGGAAGUGUUCCAACAUGGUGUCUUCUCUGACCAGGAGCUGGAAGCAGGUGGAGACUGAUCACAGGGCUAGAAGGGAUGGAGGAGGUCCAGGAGGAGGAGGAGAAACCAGCAGGACAGAGGGCCGAGGACACAUGGAGGCAGAGAAGAAGAACCUGGACGUGGAGGACAAACAAAAGAUGGACAUUAAUAAAGAAGAACAGAGCGGUUCUGAAGGAGACUCUGAGCUGGCAGUGAGGAUUAAGAGACCUUCAGCUCCAGCGUACAAGAAGGAGGCCGAGGACGCCAACAAGAUCAACGCUCUGUCCAAGAAGUUCAGCGCCGUGGGCAGCCUGAAGAGCCGCUGGCAGAACUGGGCCUCGGAGCACUCGGUGGGCCAGAAGCUGAACCCGUUCAGCGAGUACUUCGACUACGACUACUCCAUGUCGCUGCGGCUGCAGAAGGGCCAGGAGGGCUACGGCCGGCCCAAGGACGGAACCAAGACCGCCGAACGGGCCAAACGGGCCGAGCAGCACAUCCACCGGGAGAUCGCCGACAUGUGCUACGUGAUCAGGACCAUGGCCGACCCGGAUCCAGACGGGAAGACGCGGGUCACGUUCGGGCAGCUGUUCGACAGGUACGUCCGGAUCUCUGACAAGGUGGUCGGGAUUCUGAUGAGGGCCCGGAAACACGGGAAGGUGGCGUUCGAAGGGGAGAUGCUGUGGCAGGGCCAGGACGACGGAGUCAUCAUCACGCUGCUGGUGUAGAACCAACCGGGUCAGAGGUCGCUGGAACCCUCUGGCAGCUGAUUGGACAACACACCUGAA